AUGUCUGUCUUCAACGCCUCUCGCCUCGUCGGAAAGACCGUGCUCGUCACUGGCGCGAGCGCCGGUAUCGGUGCAGCAACUGCGAUCCUGUUUGCGAAGGGCGGCUCGAAUGUGAUCUUGGCUGCACGCCGAGUAGAUGCCCUCAAGUCCGUCGCGGAAGCGUGCACGGCCGCGCACAAGGAGUCUGGUCUCCAGCAGGGUGGCAAGUUCGUGACUGUCCCGCUUGAUGUGAGCGACAAGAAGCAGAUCGCCACCUUCCUCGACAAUGUCCCUGAGGAGCUCCGGAAGGUCGAUAUCCUCGUGAACAACGCCGGCUUCGUCCUGGGUGUUGAGAAGGUCGGAGAGAUCUCCGACGCCGACAUCGAGGCCAUGUUCUCCGUGAACGUGUUCGGUCUCAUCGCUGUAACCCAACUGUUUAUCAAGGACUUCAAGGCGCGCAAGGCGGGACACAUCAUCAACAUCGGUUCGAUCGCUGGCCGCGAGGCGUAUGCUGGCGGAAGCAUCUACUGUGCGACCAAGCACGCCGUGAACGCCUUCACUGGCGCACUAAUGCGCGAGGUUGUCGACACCCCCAUCCGUGUUACGGAGAUCCAGCCCGGUAUGGUCGAAACCGAGUUCUCUGUCGUCCGGUUCCGUGGCGACAAGUCCGCCGCCGACAAGGUCUACCAGGGUCUCCAGCCCCUCGUCGCGGAAGACAUCGCUGAGGAGAUCGUUUGGGCCGCGUCCCGCCCUCCCCACGUCAACAUCGCCGAGCUCUUCGUGCUCCCCGUGAACCAGGCGAGCCCCACCAUCUCGUACCGCGGCGGUAAGUAG